CCUGAGCCUCCGCCGCUGUCUGACAGGAGGCGGGACUGACGGUGACCCGGUUAGACACAACAGUGAGAGCUGCUGGUUCUCCAUCGCUUCAGGUUCUGGUGGAAGUCACAAUGUCGGACUGCAGGAGAGAAUGGAACCGGGAGGACGAGCUGCCGGUCUACUUCGCCUCCCCGAUCACUACUGGACCCAACCAGAGGAAAACCUAUGGCAUGUUCACCUCGGUGGAGGGGGCGUUCGAGAGCAAGACCAUAGACUUCGACAACUACGCGGUCGGGCGGAAGGGGAGCCGCACCCCGAGAAGCGGCAGCAGGGAGCGGCUGCUGGAUGCUGCUGACCCGGUGAGUCAGACACCCGCUGAUACCCGUGAGGGCUCGCCGACCAACUCUCCGACGGAGAUGAAGCAGGGGCAGUCGGAUGUUCGAGUGAGAUUCGCUGCCACUGAAACGCCAGACGAAAAGAGUGAAGGGCUGUUGAUCCGAGGCGGACGCGUGGUCAACGAUGACCAGUCUUUUUAUGCCGAUGUCCACGUCGAAGAUGGACUUAUCAAGCAGGUGGGUGAGAAUCUGGAUAUUCCAGAUGGCAUCAAGGUGAUUGAGGCAAAUGGCCGCAUGGUGAUUCCUGGAGGCAUCGAUGUCAACACCUGCCUGAUGAAGCCUUUCCGUGGGUCGCGGCCCAUUGAUGACUUUCUUCACGGCACCAAAGCGGCGCUGGCCGGAGGCACAACAAUGAUCAUCGACCAUGUGACUCCUCAGCCUGGGGAAAGUCUGCUGGAGGCGUUUGAGGUCUGGCAGGAAGCUGCGGAUAAGCAGGCUUGCUGCGACUACUCACUACACGUGGACAUCCCACAGUGGAAUGAAAACAUUAAAGAUGAGUUGGAGCUGUUGGUGCAAGACAAAGGUAUCAACUCCUUCCAGGUCUAUAUGGCAUACAAGGAUGUGUACCAGAUGUCAGAUACUCAGGUAUUUAUCUGUGGUUUGUGUCUACAUGGACCAGUCUAUAUCUCUAACUUGACUCUGACUCUAAACCUUGUCUGCACACAGCUGUAUGAAGCCAUGUCGUUCCUCAAGAAGCUUGGCGCUGUGGUGAUGGUUCAUGCUGAAAAUGGAGACCUCAUCGCCCAGGAACAGACAAAAAUACUGGAGAUGGGAAUCACUGGACCUGAGGGCCACCCACUGAGUCGGCCUGAAGAGGUGGAGACCGAGGCAGUGUUUCGAGCCAUCACCCUCGGUAACCGGGUCAACUGUCCAAUCUACAUCUCCAAAGUGAUGAGCAAGAGUGCUGGUGACACCAUCGCCCUGGCAAGACGGAAAGGAGCUAUCGUCUAUGGCGAGCCAAUAACAGCCAGCCUGGCCACCGAUGGGUCUCAUUACUGGAGUAAAAACUGGGCCAAGGCCGCCGCUUAUGUUACCUCUCCUCCGUUGAGUCCUGACCCCACAACUCCAGAUCAUCUCAACACACUUCUGGCCAGUGGCGACCUGCAGGCCGUGGGCAGUGCACAUUGUGCGUAUAGCACGUCUCAAAAAGCAAUUGGCAGAGAGAACUUCACUCUUAUCCCUGAAGGAAUCAAUGGGGUGGAGGAGAGGAUGAGCGUCGUCUGGGACAAAGCUGUGGCCAUGGGGAAGAUGGAUGAGAACCAGUAUGUGGCUGUCACGUCCACCAACGCAGCUAAAAUCUUCAACCUGUACCCUCGAAAAGGAAGGAUAGCAGCGGGCUCCGACGCUGACAUUGUCAUCUGGGACCCUGACAGCAUGAAAACCUUCGCAACCAAAGUCCAUCAUUCGGCAUCAGAUUACAAUAUAUUUGAAGGUCUGGAGUGUCACGGAGGACCCGCAGUGGUGCUGAGCCACGGUCGGGUGGUGUGUGAGGACGGGAAGCUGCAGGCUCUGAAGGGUGCCGGCCGAUUCAUUUCUCGCAAGCCUUUCCCCGACUUUGCCUACCAGCGAGUCAAGUUCAGAAACCAGGUGAAAUGUAAGCAGGGUGUUAGCCGCGGCCAGUAUGACGGACCUGUGUAUGACGUCAUUCAUACUCCAAAAUACAUCACUCCUUCGCCCUCUGCCAAAACUUCACCGACCUCACACCUCCCUCCGCCAGUGCGCAAUCUGCACCUGUCCAACUUCAGCCUAUCAGGGGCUCAGAUUGACGAUAACGUCCCUCGCAGAUCUGGCCAUCGCAUUGUAGCACCCCCUGGUGGACGCUCGAAUAUUACCAGUCUUGGUUAAACCUGUGUGUCGCCGGAUUUCACCUUCUGUCCACGAAGGAGCCACACAAUGUUACUGUUAUCCUCCAAGGGACAAUCAUCAUCGUCAUCAUCAUCACUGAGAGCUGCAUGUGAUAUAAUCGAAUAUGAAUAACAAUCAGCACAAUGUGCGUGUCUCACUCAACAGUCAAUUAACACCCACUGUAGAUGUCAGCACAUCAGCACCCCAUGGUGGGAUGUCACCAACUUUGAGAUUGUUCGACGUGCUCUGUAGUUUUUCUUAUUGAUGCUACAAACCCCUUGUGUCACCGUGCACGUCUGACACACAGCCCCCUUCCUCACAGACACACUCACACACUGCAUGGAGGGAUGUUUCAGUGUUGAAAUGCUGGAGUCGUUCUUCUAUAGCAGGAACAGCAACAUGGUGUUCGAGCCACUUGUGCAUUCACUGGCGCUCUCACUGACAUGACUGAAGCCUGCUUUAAACAUUUAAGGGUUUUCACUGGGGAACCAAACAAUCAUUUCCAGCUAAAUGUGAAGGAUUAAAAAAAAAAGUGUGAAACGUGUGAUUGUGCUCAGUAAGGGCUUUAGGUUCCGCCGCUCCUCAAAAACACUGUUUAAUGUUGUGAUGUGUUGUUUUUUUCUGUUCUGUUCUGCUCUACGUCACUCUUUCAUUUGCUUGUGUUCGGUGUCUAACAUGGAAAGUUAUGAACAAUAAAGACAAUAAAAGAUUU